AUGGUAACUGCUCAGCAACUCAGCAAACUCUUGGAAGCAUGUAAAACAUGGAGAUGCCUUGACCAGCUCCAUCCCUUCGCCAUCAAAACCGGCCUCACGCACGACGCCCCUUUCGCUGCCCAGCUGAUCGUUGUCUACUCACGGUUUACCACUCCUCGAACAACCCGAAACCUGCUUGACGAAAUUCCUGAGAGAACCGUACGCAUCUUCAACACUAUCCUGAAAUGCUACUACAGGCACGGACAGCACAAAGAUUGCCUUCUCCUCUUUCCCAGCUUGGUCUCGUCCCAAAAACCGGAUCUUUAUUCGAUAUGCACAUCCCUUAAAGCCUGUGCUGCUCUCGGAGAAUUCGAUUACGGGAAAAUGAUUCAUGGGUUGGUGCGUAAGACCCAUGGGGUCAGCGGGCACGCUUUCUUGGGGUCAGCUUUGGUCGAAAUCUAUUCAAAAUUCGGGAAAAUGGACGACGCCUUAUGCGUGUUCGACGAAUUUCCCAAACCGGACACAGUUUUGUGGAGUACAGUUGUCACUGGAUACUUGAAGAAUGGUGGGCCUAAUCAGGCCCUUGAGUUUUUUGCUCGAAUGGUGAGGGCAGAAGGCAUCGUGCUCGAUUCCAUUGCUCUGGUCAGCGUUGUGUCGGCUUGUGCACAGACUUCGGAACUUAAGGCAGGGAGAAGUGUUCAUAGCUACAUGAUUCGGACUGGUUUGUCUGAAAAUGGCUUGUCACUGUUAAAUGCCCUGUUGAAUUUGUAUGGGAAAAUGGGUUCGGUAAAUUAUGCUGCGAGCUUGUUCAAUAAAAUGCCACAGAAAGACUUUAUAUCGUGGGGCUGUAUGAUUUCGUGCUACGCGCAUAACGGGUGCUCUAAAGAAGCACUCUAUCUCUUUGAUGUGAUGUUAGAGAGAGAAAUCAAGGUAAACACCGCUGUUGUGAUCAGUGCACUGCAUGCAUGUGAAGCUUCUCAUGAUUUGAAUAUGGGUAGAAGGAUACAUAAGCUUGUUGUUAGUAAAAAAAUUGAUUUAGAUAUCUUGGUGUCAACAGCUCUAAUAGACAUGUACAUGAGCUGUUGUUCACCGGAUGAAGCAAUCCAAGUGUUUGACCGAAUCCCUGUGAAAGAUAGAGUUUCUUUUUCGGCCGUGUUGAGUGGAUGUGUUGAAAAUGGAAGGGCACGCAAAGCGGUCGGAAUUUUACGUGAUAUGUUGGCUAGUGGCUUUCGACCUGAUUUUUGUGAUUCAGUUAAGAUUCUGAAGGCCUGUUCGGAGUUGGGUGUUUUUCAUCAAACUAGUUGUGUCCAUGGUCUUGUGAUUAGGGAUGGCCUCUUUGGUAAUUCUUUUGUCCAUGCUUCACUUAUAGAGUCUUAUGCAAAAUGUGGUAGCUUGGAAGGUUCUAUUGCUAUUUUCGAGCAAAUGUUGGAUAGAGAUACCGUUAUCUGGAGUUCCAUGUUUUCCGCAUACGGCCUUCACGGGAAAGGCCAUGAAGCUCUAAUGUUAUUUCGCCAAAUGACUAAAAAUUCAUCCAUUAGCCCAAAUGAGUUGACUUUUCUAUCAAUUUUAUCUGCAUGUAGCCACACAGGCCUACUUGAAGAAGGAGUUGAUAUAUUUAAUACUAUGGUAGGAAAAUAUGGAAUAAAACCAAAUUUGAAACAUUAUGGGAUCUUGGUCGACCUUCUUGGUCGCAUGGGGGAGCUGGACAAGGCCAUGCGAUUUAUCGGUCAAAUUAAAGAAACAGUUGGGGCAGAUGUGUGGGGAGCUUUGCUAAAUUCUUGUAGGAUUUACGGAAACUCAGAGAUUGGAAAAAUUGCAGCAGAAAAAGUGUUCGAUUUGAACACUUGUGAUGCAGGGCAUUACAUUUUGUUGUCGAAUAUAUAUGCUUAUGAGGAAAACUGGUAUGAGGUUGCACGAGUUCGUAAUUUGGUUAGGGAGAAGGAAUUGAAGAGGCUCUCGGGUCAAAGUUUUAUUGAGACAAGACAUGAGAUUUGUGCUGUAACUAAUGACAGGUCUCGUUAA